GCAGUUAAACAUGGCACCCCCUGGAUGCUUGAUGUUAAUCGUGUCGUUGAUUGUUGGCGGUGCUAUUUCAGGUUCGCUAGCUCAACGUAGAUUUGGUGCUCGAGGAAAGAUGACCGGUGGCUACUCAUCGGUCGAUGUCGAUGAUGAUCUCGUUAAAGAGAUGGCAAAUUUUGCCACUUCUGCCUUAUCAGAAAGCAGCAACGCUGAGCCAUUGGCGUUGAUUAAAAUCGUGAAAGCCGAAUCGCAAAUCGUGGCCGGUAAGAACUUCAAACUCAUUUUAGAGUUGGACAACGUACGCCAUGCCAGCGAAGAUGAAAACCUUGUCUGCGAGGUGGUCGUGUUCGACCAACCGUGGACCAACACUCGUCAAUUAAGCAAAUCUAAUUGCUUACCAAGACGAGUCAUCCAUUCUUGGAGGCAAACCCUGGCCGAGUCCAACGGCGCAAAUGAAAUUACGCCAGUCGUGGAGGAAGUGAUAGUUGAAACUCGAGCACCGACUGUAGGCGGUUACUCUCCGAUUGACGUAGAGCACAUCGACGUCAAAGACAUGGCUGAUUUCGCUACGACUAGCAUAUCGGCGAGUAGCAACUCAGGACCUUUGGUGUUGCUCAAUAUCGUUGAAGCAGAAGUGCAGGUUGUGGCUGGCCGAAACUACAAGUUAACUUUAGAGCUUGGCAGUGCGGCUGACGGAGCAACGGGGGCACAUCUCGUGUGCAAAGUGAUCGUUUUUUAUCAAUCGUGGACCAAUAGACGCCAUCUGCGUGAAUCCAAUUGUUUACCUUCCACAGAUCUCGUUACGGAAAUCAUGCGAGCCAUCGAGGGACAUCAAGAAUUGUGGAGAGUUGCCAGUUAUCUUAACGAGUCCCGCGAAGAGCUAUCAAAAGAGUUUCCCCUCGUCAGCCCAGACGGCACCAAGUUGAGCUACACGUUCUUUGCUCCAACAUCAUUUGCCUUCAUGAUGCAAACGCCACAGGAUGUUGGCGAUCCGCUCCUGAUGGACUCUGAUUUCCGAAGAUCGAUACUCACACGUCACCUGUCUGCCUCAUUGAUCUCACCUGACGAUCUGGCCAAAGCGGACUUGGUUCUUAUGGCUUCCAGGUCGGCUACACUGACCAGAAGGAGCACUAACGAAGAUUGCAAUCUUCCUCCAGUUAACACCGAAAAUGGCGAAUGUGAAGCUUACAUGCCCUCGUGGACGUUCAAAUCGAAUUCGGGCACAUGCGAGGGCUUCGUGUACGGCGGAUGUGGUCAAACAGCCAAUCUAUUCGAAACGGAAGCGGCUUGCCAAACCGCAUGUGAUCCAGCUGUUCAUCCCUUGAUAAAUUUAAUCAAUGAAGCAGAAAUCCAGCCGGUUCCUAUUCCAUUGGCUCACGAUUUUGGAACAGUGUACGUCAUCAAUCGAGUAUUCAUGGAUGGGGACGAAGUGGGUGAGGUCCUAAGAAAACAUCCAAGCCCCGGAUAUGGAUUCUUUGGUUUACCUUUAGUCGUAAAUCCAUUGAUUCCCAAUGAAAAUAUCCUUGGCAAGAUCACUGGAGGAUUUUCCUCUAACAACGUAGAUGAUCCUGAAAUCAAGGAGAUGGCUGACUUUGCCGUAGCUGCUAUAUCGGCCAAUGUGGGAUCGGUUAGACUCGUCAGGAUUUUAAAGGCUCACACGAAUAUUGUGGCCGGCAAAAACUUUAAAUUGAUGCUUGAACUUAAAAGGGUUUUCGAUGGAGAUGAUGGAGAAGAUCUGCUUUGCGAUGCGGUCGUCUUCGAUCAAUCGUGGACCAACACCCGAAAAUUGAGCGAGUCAAGUUGCCUGUCCAUCAACACAAUCGCUUCGUGGAACAAGAUGCACAAACAGCCCGCAUCGCAGUCAGAAUUUAACUGUUUGCAAAUGAGAGACCCUGUUAAUGAUGAACAAGUUCCUAACGAAGAUUCAAUGUAAAUGUAGUAAAAUAAAACAAGUCAAAAUA